AUGUCACUUCAACUUCAGGAGAUAGUAAAUUCAUUAAUAUUAUCUGCACCAUCGACAGAAUUACCAGAUGUUAUAAAAAGUUUGAAAAAAAUUCUAUCUACAGAUAUUACUAACUCAAUAAUUGAAAACUCCAUUAAUGAAUAUUUAACCAAAACUUCAAUAAUCAUUGAUGGCUAUAUAAUCAACGCUGAUAAUAAAGAUUCCGAUUCUUCCAAAUUCAUAGACUAUAUCAGAAACGAGAAAUUUAAUUUCGAUUUAAUUAAUCAAAAAAUCAUUGAUGUUGAAUCUUAUGAAAAUGAAUUAAAUGUUCCAAAAGAUUUAGUUUCAAAAUUGGAACAGUAUGGUAACGAUUACUAUAUUAAUUUUAAUAUUACAAUCAUUCCAAUAAAUGAAGAUGCAUACAAGAUCAUUCUCAUAGGUGAAAAACAAAAUCAUGAGAAUUUUUACACAGGAAUAUGGACAAGUGAAUACGAAAUAUCUUCAAAUGAAGUAGAAGGUAAAAUAAAUUUAGAUAUACAUUAUUUUGAAGAUGGAAAUGUUAGACUUAAAUUUGAUGAAAAAACAACGGAUAAAUUAAAAUCAAAUACAUCAAGUUCAAUUGUAAAUUUUAUAAAUAAUUUUGAAAAUCAAAUUGAAAAUCAAAUUAUUUCAAGUUUUGUUAAUUUAAAUCAAAAUUCUUUUAAAAAUUUAAGAAGAUUAUUACCGGUUACAAGAUCGAAAUUGAAUUGGGGCUCUGCCAUUGGAAACUAUAGAUUAGGAUCUGAUGUUGUUCAUAAAAAAUAG